AUGGAAUUCAUCACUUGCUCAUGUGUCUUCCUUGCAAUCACGGGAUUUUUCAUGUUUAAGUACCAGGUUGUUAAGUACAAAUGGCCGCUAGAAACUGGAAAUUUUGGUUCAACUAAUGAGCUUACUCUAAGUUCAUUCUCUUACAGUGAGCUUAAGAGGGCAACAAAUGGAUUCGAAGAAGGUCUAAGCCGGGGCUCUGUUGGUGCACUCUAUAAAGGGGUCUUAUUCAAGGGUGAAAAACUUGUUGCUGUCAAGAGAUUGGAGAAGAUGAUGAAUGAUGGUAGGGAAAGAGAAGUGCAUGCAGAGAUGCAUGUAAUUGGUAGAGCACAUCAUAGGAACUUAGUUCGGCUGCUUGGUUAUUGUGCUGAGGAUUCAAAGAGGCUUCUGGUGUAUGAAUACAUGAGCAAUGGAUUCCUUGCAUAUCUACUCUUUUGCUCCAAAACAUCCCCAGAUUGGAACGAGAGAGAGAGCAUUGCAUUAGAUGUUGCUAGAGGAAUUCUUUAUCUCCAUGAUGAAUGUGAAGUGCCUAUCAUUCACUGUGAUAUAAAGCCUCAGAACUGUCUGAUGGAUGAUUUUUGGACUGCAAAACUUGCCGACUUUGGUCUUGCAAAACUGUUAAUGCCAGACCAAACAAGGACUUUCACAUUGGUGAGAGGGACAAGAGGUUACAUGGCACCAGAAUGGUCGAAGAACAUCCCAAUAUCAGUUAAAGCUGAUGUUUACAGUUACAGGGUAGUGCUGCUGGAAAUUGUUUGCUGCAGAAGAAACUUGGAUGUUAAUGCAUCAAAACCGGAGGUAAUAAUUCUUAUUAAUUGGGUUUACAAGUGCUUCAUCAACCAAGAGAUGAAUAAGCCUGUUUGUAGUGAAGAAGUGAAUAAGAAGACUUUUGAGAACAUGGUUAAGGUGGGGCUCUGGUGUGUUCAAGAUGAACCGGCUCUUUGUCCUUCAAUGAAGACUAUGGUGAUGAUGUUAGAAGGGAUUACUGAUGUCUCUAUUCCUCCUUGUCCCACUUCCUCCUCCGGGUAA